AUGCUUCCAUACUAAAUACCGUAGUCUUGUCAAACGGGAAUUACGAGCAAAAUAUGUGCUGUAGAUUAAAUACUCUCGACACGGAAGUCCACCAACUCCACCUCCAGACCACAGCCUCAGUUAAUGUCGGGGUCACCUCAGUUGACCAGCAGAAGACCCGCUUAAUGCAUAAAGUGAUACAAGGUCCUAAGUCCAACGCAACGUCUGAACUGCAGGCAGGGGGUAAACACACAUGGACUUGUGGAUUUGUGUAGUGUAGUCGCUGCAGAAGAUGGCUACUCAAAGGAAUGGAUUUAAAAAAGAAAGUUUCAUCUUAUCAGUGGACGUAGGAACAACCACAAUAAGAUGUAAUGUAUUUGACAAGGGUGCCAAGAUCCGCGGGACGUGCAGCAGCAAAGUUGUCUUGUUGUAUCCAGAACCAGGCUUGGUGGAAUUGGAUCCAGAGGAACUAUUUAAUGGAUUUAUAGCGGUCGUCAAGGGGGCUGUACAAGAUGCAGGUGUGAAGAUGAGCCAGAUCGUGUCACUGGGCAUAGCCACUCAAAGAGGGACAUUCACGACAUGGGAUAGAACCACUGGACGUCCUUUUCAUAACUUCAUCAGUUAUCAGGACCUCAGGGCCAUUGACAGUGUGACUUCUUGGAACGGCUCCUACACCAUGAAGGCGGUCCAGGGGGCGAUGACGCUGCUCUACCUGGUGUCCAGACAGAAGCGGUUCCUGGCCGCCAGCGUUCUGGUGUUCUCCCCCCAACAAGUCACCUUCCGCCUGCUCUGGGCCCUCACACACUGCACACAGCUCCGCCAGGCCGUGGCCGAGGACACCUGCUGCUUCGGGACCAUUGACACGUGGCUUCUUUUCAAGCUCACCAAGGGUGAAGUCCAUGCCACAGACUACUCUAAUGCUAGUUCCACUGGGAUGUUUGACCCCUACCAGAUGUGCUGGAGUGGCCCACUCUUCUCUAUGUUGUCACUACCAUUUUCCAUUCUCCCCAAAGUGGAAGAUACAAUCCAUAGCUUUGGAUCCACACACUCCUCUAUAUUCGGUGUCUCCAUACCCAUAAUGGCUCUGAUUGCCGACCAGCAGGCGGCCAUGUAUGGUGAGUGUUGCUUUGAUGUGGGCAAUGUCAACAUCACCAUGGGAACGGGCGCCUUCGUCGACAUCAACACCGGCAGCAAACCACAUACAUCGGUAGCAGGGCUGUAUCCGUUGGUGGGGUGGAAGAUAGGAGAGGAGGUUGUGUACUUGGCGGAGGGCAACGCGGCCGACACGGGCACCGCCAUCAAAUGGGCUCAGGGCCUGGAGCUGUUCUCUGAUGUCCAGGAGACCAGCGCCAUGGCUUACAGCGUGGCCGACUCUGACGGGGUGUGCUUCGUACCGUCCUUCAGCGGCUUACAGGCUCCACUCAAUGACCCCACAGCCUGUGCUUCCUUCAUGGGUCUCACACCAUCCACCAACAAGUGCCACCUGGUCCGAGCCAUCCUGGAGUCCGUAGCCUUCAGUGUCCGUCAGCUCUACCAGACCAUGCUGAGAGAGACCUGCAUUCCCGUCACUAAGAUCCGUGUGGACGGGGGCGUGUGCACUAAUGACUUUGUCAUGCAGCUGACCACCGAUCUGAUUGGUCAGAAGCUGGCCAGACCCGUCCACCACGAGAUCUCCUGCCGCGGGGCAGCCUUUGUGGCCGGACUGGGAGUGGGAUUCUGGAAGGACAAGGAGGAGCUGAAGCGGCUCCACACCGCUGACCAGAUGUUCGUGCCCCGACAGGCGGCCCAGAGCGGCACCGAGCUGGGGGUGGUGAGUGCGGAGUACGAGGCGGUCCUUCGGAGCUGGGAGAAGGCCCUGCAGCGCUCAAUGGGCUGGUACAGCAGCAGGGCAUGACCAUCAGGGCCACGCUGCAGUGCUCUUCAUACUCGCUGCACGGGAGCAUGAAGCUCAAAGAGCCGUUCUAGGAGCCACUCACACCGACAACCACACUGGACAUGUUUGUGGAAGCUUUCGUAAAGGUUUCCAUGAUCAUACCCCCAUUUCAUAUAAAUUAGCUUGUCUCUGGUGGCAACUACAUUUCUGUUGAGGCCUUGGAGUGGUUUACCACUCUCUCUCCCGCUCGCUCGCUCGCUCGCUCGCUCUUCAGAGACCAUUAUGCCGACUUCUUUUCAAUGAUUGGUUUGUGGGCAGGUUUUUUCAGCACUUGCCAACGCAGUCUUUUCUUUUUUUGUUCAUUUAUUAGCAAUUUAAAGGGUUUAAUGCCUGACUAAUCCUAUACAUGGUCCCUUUAAUACUUCCUUAUAAGAUAAUGUGCAAAGCUAUCACAUCUUUUUUUUUAUUUUUAUAAAAGGACAAAGGAACAUUGAGCGAUGUAGUCGACGGCAGGACUGCACAGAAUUCUUUAUGUAUCGUACAACUUAAUAAUUGUAUCACCCAAAUUGUAUCAUUUUAGCAGGAGUACUGCCUAAAACUGAAUAGUAUGAAUCAUAGUUGUUAUUGGCGUAAUCCGUUCUUGCUAAUGUAUUCUGAGAGGGGGGGGGGGGGGUUGACACCCAGCUCAGUAAAUUCUGGGUCCACCCUAUCUAGGGUUAGGUUACCCUAACCCUCCCCAGUGUCCAUUAAAAACAUGUUUUCUGUGAUACACAAUGUGCGGGUGUAAACUGAACUCUGAAAGAUCCAACCACUGUGUCAGUUUCUAGGUUGCUCCUUCAGGAUUGUAAUUUGCCUGUGUGCGUGUUUGAAAGAGAAAAAACAAAUAUGCAAUAUAACUAUAUGGCCUUCCAAAUGUGAACUGAAUUAUUUGUUUGACACAUUGUGUAAACUACAAACCUGACUUGAAGUCAAUGACCGUGUUUGGGCUGCUAUGAUGUCACAUGUCCUGUCCACACUAGUGCAUCUCACACUAGUGCAUCUCACACUAGUGCAUCUCACACUAGUGCAUCUCACACUUGUGCAUCUCACACUAGUGCAUCUCACACUAGGAAUACCUUCAUCUAUUGCGUUGUAUUUACAUCAUGUAUUUCAUACCUCAAAUUAAAUGUAAAUAGUUACCUCAAUAAAGUGUAGGUAGAUUAUACAGAAGCCCUUGACGGCAGUAUUUUCUGUAUUUUCCAUAGUUAUGCAUCAUACUGUAUUUUAAAAGCUCCAAAUUACAAUACCAAAUUGAGAUUGGUUUACUUUGUAUCGUCAUUUCCAUACAGUCCACUAGGUGAUGCCAUUGGCAUUCAAUUCAUCUCUUAAGUUUCAAAAUGGCUUUUUCCUUGUUGUUAAAUACAUGUUUUUUUGUAUACUUGAGCUGAUUGAAUAGUAUUUUAAAUUUAAUAUUAUCCGGGGGCUCAGUAGUACCACAAGAGCCAAGUAUCAGCAUACCAUACAAUACCCUAAAAACGGCCAGAUGGUAUAUAUGGGGUGAAUACUGUUUCCAAAAGCUACCCUGUGUACUCCUAUGAGGACAUAAACACACAGGCUGUAUUAUUGAAGUAUUAGUAUUAUUGAAAUUGGUGCAAAACUAUUUGGAGGCAGGCAAUUGGAAAUCAUUUCUAGUGCCGAAGCAGCCCCUCCUCCUGGAUAAUACAAUAUCUAAUCAAGUUAAGUGAUACUGUAAUAAUAUGUGCCAUCUUAAAUCCUUGGAUUAGCAUGAACUAAUAUUGCAGAAUUGUUUGUAUAAUAUCCCUGCUUCAUGUCAAAUAUAAGUCGUUUUCAGGUUAAACUCUAUUCUGUUGCCAUUUUCCAAAAUGUUCACUUGGUGUCAGAAUGGACAUGAGGGUCUGGAGUCCAUGCCCAGGCCCCCCCGUCUGGCCUGAGAAGAUAAGACAGACGAACCCACUAAGGUUCAUCUAAAGAUCUCCAUCCUGAUCUUUAACCUGAGCGUUGUGUCACCUAUCUUCCUUCUGUUAAAUGAAAUGGGACAUUUCUGUAAAUGUGCUAUCUGAUGUUGUUGACAGUGUUUUGUCCAUGUGCCCCUGAGCACACUGCAGAUUACAGAGUGAGAGUGCAGUCUAGUUGAACUCAGGAUGAAGUUGCCUGUUACAUGAGGUUAUUGAAUACUAUAGAGCAUUGGCCCAGUUCUACCAGGUGAAUCUAACAUGAGUCAAAGAAGCAUUCAUACUAGAAAGUGAUAUCAAAUGUAUUUUUUUAUUUUGUUGAGGAGUAACUUUUUUAUUGCUUCUUGUGGGACUAAAGGGCUAGUGCAUUUAACGUUGUUCUAAUGUCAAAGUGUAAUUCUAUUAAUUGUUCUUAAAGAUGGCAAUUUCUCUAAAAUGAUUGGAGAAAAGUAAUCACUGACUUGUAGUUUAAAGUUUGGUCUGUGUAAUUAUCUGUACUAAAUUCUUAAAAUAAACUGGACAAAUAAAAAAAAACGCCACCCAUCCAUAUUGUGCUGCUGAUGAUUGUUGC